UUGUGGGGAUCCGCGGAAAAAGAGGCCUCUUCACUGUACCACGUUGUGGGUCUGCAGCUUUGUCUUCUUCCAUUGCUCUGCAACCAAGAGAGUAAUAGAGGGAGAGAAGCUGAGGAGAGAGGGAAUUGCAUUGUAGACCGGCCGCCGGAAAACUCCUCUCUCCGGCGUUUGUUUUGAGGUCUGAUUUCGGUUCAAUGCUCUUGUCUACAUCGUUAUAAUCUUUGUCUUCUUUUUUCUGCCUUUUUCGUUUCUCUGCUUGCUUUGUUCCCACGGCAUACUUUGUCGCUUUGAUACGCACUCGCAGGGAGGAGAAAGAUUGAUUCGAUCUCGUUCAGAGGUUAUAUUUGUUGUUGAUUUUACAUGUAUUGUUUUAAAGAGAGCUCUAGAGGACGUUAAAGGAACCCUAACGGUCAUUCGAACGUGUUCUUUAUUGUCGAUUUUGGUAGAUCGAUUUGGUUUGAAGUGGAAGGAGGAGGAGGAGGAGGAGGGGAUUUAAAGGGUGAAUAUGCCUUGGUUGGUGAAAUUAUCGAGGGUUUUCUCUGCCGCAAUGGUGAUGAUUGUGCUUGCUCCGGCUUUGCAAUCGUUUCCUCCGGCUGAAGCCAUUCGAUCCUCUCAUCUUGAUUUUUACCUUCGUUUACCUUUUCAUAUUGCUUCUUCCAGAUCGUUGAACCGAUUCUCCUUCCGAAAGGCAUCUACAUUCCGCAAUGCCGGUCAGUGCCGUGGCGGUGACCCUAAAUUUUCUGGGAAAUUUGGUGUGUGCGAUCCGAAUUUGGUUCAUGUUGCCAUUACGCUUGACGUGGAGUACCUUCGUGGCUCUGUUGCGGCCGUCAAUUCGAUUCUUCGAAACUCACUUUGUCCGGAGAGUGUUUUUUUCCAUUUCCUCGUUUCGGAUACCAAUCUCGAGGAUUUCGUUCGAUCCACUUUCCCUCGGUUGAAUUUCAAAGUGUACUAUUUCGAUCCGGAGAUUGUCCGCGAUCUGAUCUCCACCUCGGUGAGGCAAGCUCUGGAGCAGCCGCUUAAUUAUGCUAGAAAUUACUUGGCUGGGUUGCUCGAAUCUUGUGUCAAGAAGGUAAUUUACCUGGAUUCUGAUCUAAUUGUGGUUGACGAUAUCCGAAAGCUAUGGACGACGAGUUUGGGUGAGUGGACAAUUGGAGCUCCUGUGUACUGCCAUGCCAAUUUCAGCAAGUAUUUCACAGCGCGUUUCUGGUCCGACGACAGAUAUUCCGGCACAUUUGAUGGAAGAAAACCCUGUUACUUCAACACCGGCGUUAUGGUCAUAGAUCUGGUUAAGUGGAGGGAUGGUGGGUUCACGGAGAAAAUUGAAUGGUGGAUGAAGCUUCAGAAGAGUAAUCGCAUCUAUGAACUUGGGUCACUGCCGCCGUUCCUGUUGGUUUUCGCCGGAAACGUGGCGACCAUCGAGCACCGGUGGAACCAGCAUGGUUUAGGAGGUGAUAACAUCAGAGGCAGCUGCCGUGACCUCCACCCUGGUCCGACGAGCCUCUUGCAUUGGUCCGGCAGUGGUAAGCCAUGGUUGAGGCUGGACUCCAAACAACCAUGCCCACUGGAUUCUCUAUGGUCACCAUACGACUUGUACGGAUACUCCCAGUAAAGAAAACUUAGGGGAUAUAUGAGGUCGCCGGUAAAUUUCCAGCAGGAAUGUUUUGACGCUUAUCUUGAUAAAAUUUUCAAUUGUAGUCCUAUUUUUUUUUUUGGUUUUUUGUCUCUCUCCAGUCACUUUGUGCUUCUUCUUCUAACUCCAUCUUCCAGGCGAUGUGUAUCCUAUUUUACGAUUUUUACUGGCUCUGAAAAAUAAAUGGGAAAAAACGGGCCAUUCGAUUUGUUUGUACAGAUUUUGCAUUCUUUUAUGAAUGGAAACUUGAUGGUGGUUUUCCGUGUAUUGAUAUCAACAAUCAAUCAAUUCUGUUUCUUGCUC